UUCAACAACUCAAGCACCUCAACACCAUCCCCUCCACUGAACCCACAUCCCAGCUUCACCACAAAUCAACUCGAGAUCCAACAAUGGCACAACUCUUUCUGCAAUUUGAUCAAGGCUCAACGUGACUACAUCCACUCUCUCACCGGUUGGCUAAGGUUAAGUCUGUUUCAGUUUAGCAAGAAUCCCCUCGUCAGGAGCAACUACGAGACUAAGAUCUACAACUUCUGCGAAGAAUGGCACUUGGCAAUGGACAAGAUCCCUUAUAAAGCAGCAUCAGAAGGAAUUGAGAGCUUACUGAUAGCGGUUCAUGGAAUAGUGGUUCAACAAGCAGAUGAACAAAAGCAGCAGAAGAGAACGGAAUCCAUGUUCAAAGAAUUUGAGAAGAAAGCAGGUGCGCUCAGAGUGCUUGAGAGCAAGUAUGGUUCAUUCUCGGAGCCUGACAGUGGAAAAAAGAAAGUGGUGGUAGAGAAGAGGGGUAAGGUUGAGAUCCUAAAGGGAAAGGCCGAAGAAGAGAAAAAUAAGAAUGAGAAGGCGGUAAGUGUAAGCAGGACGAUGACCAUAAGUAACUUGAAGAUAGGAUUCGAGCACAUGUUUCAGGUAAUGGUUGGCUUUUCAAGUGUCUGUAUGGAGGCCUUUGAGUCGGUCUACAAUCAAGCUAAGAGCAUUGGUGAGGAACACCAACAAGAGGUGAAGAAGUUACUCACUUAG